UUAUAAUCUGUAUAAUAACCCGUUUUUGUUUUUGUUGCCCAUAGCAACCAAUCACAUUUCUCCUAGUGUCUAUAAGCUGCGCUGUGAUUGGUCGCUAUAGGUAACAGUGACAGCUCCUCUUAUAGGCAGGUUAUAAAUCUGUGCAGAUUCCUGUGGUUUUCAGGGUCAGAAUUUUGCUGCUGUAUUAUCAGGACUCUGGUCUCCUCAGGGUGUAUAGUGCGGGUGCACCAGGUGACCUCAUGGCUCCGCCCCUGCGCACUGUGAUGGAAUUGACUAUAUGAGUUUCUCCAAUCCAGGAUCCUCUGCUGAUAUCUUCUAUAUAAGAGAAUUCUCCUGGAUGACCCAUCAACCAUGGAGAGAGACAGGAACAAGAUGGCCGACAGGAUCAUAAACCUCACCCUACAGAUACUCUUCCGGCUUACUGGAGAGGAUUACACAGUAGUGAAGAAGUCCUCUAGUGGGCGCUGUCGAGCAAGAACCCUGAGCCCAAUCCCGGGGCCCCCACCUCACUCCCUGAUACAUGAGGAAAUGGAUGAACAGAAGAUCCGAGAACUCAUCAACAAGAUGAUGGAGCUGCUGACUGGAGAGGUUCCUAUAAGGUGUCAGGACGUUGCGGUCUAUUUCUCCAUGGAGGAGUGGGAGUAUGUAGAAGGACACAAGGAUCAGUACAAGGAUCAGGUCAUGAUGGAGGAUCAGCAGCCCAUCACAUCACCAGUCAGAUCCAGUAAGAGAUCAGCACCAGAGAGGUGUCCCCGUCCUCUUCUUCCACAGGAUGAUCAGGAAGAAGAUCUGAAUAUUAAUGCUCCAGAGACAGAUGAGCAGUAUAAGGAGAACAUUCCUACAGGGAAAGAUCUGAUCUAUAUUAAUGCUACAGAUAGAAGGGAAGAAGAGGCAGAUGUGAGCGGUGAUGAGCAGUAUAAAGAGAAUUUUCCUACAGGGAAAUAUCUCAACUAUACUAAUGCUCUAAAUAUAGUGGAAGAAGAAGAGACAGAUGUGAGCGAUGAUAAGCAGUAUAAGGAGGACAUUCCUACAGGGAAAGAUCUGAUCUAUAUUAAUGCUACAGAUAUAAGGGAAGAAGAGGCAGAUGUGAGCGGUGAUGAGCAGUAUAAAGAGGAUUUUCCUACAGGGAAAUAUCUCAACUCUACUAAUGCUCUAAACAUAGGGGAAGAAGAAGAGACAGAUGUGAGCGAUGAUAAGCAGUAUAAGGAAGACAUUCCUACAGGGAAAGGUCUGAUCUAUAUUAAUUCUACAGACAUAAGGGAAGAAGAGGCAGAUGUGAGCGGUGAUGAGCAGUAUAAAGAGGAUUUUCCUACAGGGAAAUAUCUCAACUAUACUAAUGCUCUAAACAUAGGGGGAGAAAAAGAGACAGAUGUGAGCGAUGAUAAGCAGUAUAAGGAAGACAUUCCUACAGGAAAAGAUCUGAUCUAUAUUAAUGCUACAGACAUAAGGGAAGAAGAGGCAGAUGUGAGCGACUAUGAGCAGUAUAAAGAGUAUUUUCCUACAGGGAAAUAUCUCAACUAUACUAAUGCUCUAAACAUAGGGGGAGAAGAAGAGACAGAUGUGAGCGAUGAUAAGCAGUAUAAGGAGGACAUUCCUACAGGAAAAGAUCUGUUCUAUAUUGAUGCUACAGACAUAAGGGAAGAAGAGACAGCUGUGAGCGGUGAUGAGCAGUAUAAAGAGGAUAUUCCUACAGGGAAACAUAUGAACUAUACUAAUGCUCUAGAUAUAAGGGAAGAAGAAACUGAUGUGAGCGAUGAUAAGCAGUAUAAGGAGGACAUUCCUACAGGGAAAGAUCUGAUCUAUAUUAAUGCUAUAGACCUAAGGGAAGAAGAGACAGAUGUGAGUGGUGAUGAGCAGUAUAAAGAAGAUAUUCCUACGGGGAAAGAUCCGAUCUAUAAUAAUGCUACAGACAUAAAGGAAGAAGAAGAGACACAUGUUAGCGGUGAUGAGCAGUAUAAGGAGGACAUUCCUACAGGGAAAGAUCUGAACUAUACUAAUGCUCUAGACAUAAGGGAAGCAGAAGAUACAGAUGAGAGCGGUGAUGAGGAGUACAUGGAGGACAUUCCUACAGGUAACCGUCCAGAUUCUUGUAGCAGGAGAUCAGAGGAGAAUCUUAUAUCUUCAGAUUAUAAAGCAGAUGAUGAUAUCACACAAGAUACAUAUGAAGAACAUUCCAUUAUCCCAGAUACACCCUCAGCCCUUCACAGCCAAGAUCUGUCAUCUCAUCCUUAUAUACAGGUCCUGUCUUCUCACUCAUCACAGGAUGUUCAGCAACAUAAUAGCACCAGAAGCGUUGAGCCUCAAAAAGCUCUCACAGGGAAAAAGCCAUUUUCAUGUUCAGAAUGUGGGAAAUGUUUUACUCUGAAAUCAAAUCUUGUUACACAUCAAAAAACUCACACAGGGGUGAAGCCAUUUCCAUGUUUACAAUGUGGGAAAUGUUUUACCAUUGAAUCAAGUUUUGUUGAACAUCAGAGAGCUCACACAAGAAAGAAGUUGUUUAAGUGCCCAGAAUGUGGAAAAUGUUUUACUCAGAAAUCAAGUCUUGUUACACAUCAAAAAAUUCAUAAAGGAGAGAAGCCAUUUUCAUGUUCAGAAUGUGGGAAAUGUUUUACUCAGAAAUCACGCCUUGUUACACAUCAAAAAAUUCACAAAGGUGUGAAGCCAUUUUCAUGUUCAGAAUGUGGGAAAUGUUUUACUUGGAAAUCACAUGUUCUUGAACAUCUAAGAACUCACACAGGGGAGAAGCCUUUCUCAUGUUCGGAAUGUGGAAAAUGUUUUACUCAGAGAUCAAAUCUAGUUACGCAUCAAAAAAUUCACAUAGGAAAGAGGCCAUUUUCUUGUUCAGAAUGUGGAAAAUGUUUUAUUCGGAAAUCAGAGAUUGUUAAACAUCGAAUGGUUCACACAGGAGAGAGACCAUUUCCAUGUACAGAAUGUGGGAAAUGCUUUACUCGGAAAUCACAUGUUGCUGAACAUUUAAAAACGCACACAGGGGAGAAGCCAUUUUCAUGUUCAGAAUGUGGAAAAUGUUUUACUCAGAAAUCAAAUCUUGCUGAACAUCAAAGAAUUCACACAGGGGAAAAGCCAUAUGCAUGUUCAGAAUGUGGAAAGGGUUUUAAUCUGAAACCAGAUCUUGUUAAACAUCAAAGAAUUCACACAGGGGAGAAGCCCUAUGCAUGUUCAGAAUGUGGGAAAUGUUUUGCUCGGAAACAAGAGCUUGUUCAACAUCAAAGAAUUCACACAGGGGCGAAGCCAUUUUCAUGUUCAGAAUGUGGGAAAUGUUUUACUCGGAAAUCAGAUGUUGUUGAACAUGUAAGAACUCACACAGGGGAGAAACCAUUUCCGUGUUCAGAAUGUGGAAAAUGUUUUGCUCAUAAUGCAAAUCGUGUCAAACAUCAAAGAACUCACACAGGAGAGAAGCCAUUUUCAUGUUCAGAAUGUGGAAAAAGGUUUGCGCAGAGAUCAAAUCUUGUUUCACAUGGAAGAACUCACAAAAGGAAGAAACCAUUCCAUGCAUAGAAUGUGGGAAAUGUUAUAUGCAAAACCUAUUAGACAUCGAAAACUUUAACGUGUCUUAAAGGGAAUGUGUCACCAAAUUGUAAUUUUUUUUCUUAAAAGGUAAAUACAUUUGUUUAUAUGUUUUACAUAUUUUGGGAAAUCUUAAAAAAAUUGUCACUUAUCAGAAAAUAUGAAAAUGUAUUAUUAAAGUUUUCUUAUAUCCCACUGUUGACCAGUAGAGGGAGCUAAAAUGAGAAUGUGAAGAGAAAGUAACUUGAAACUGCUGCAAAUUUGACCUACCCCUCUCCCUUCUGGUGACCUCACACCUCCCUUCCUCUUUUGAAAGAGGAGUGGGAAAAAUUGCACUGUGCCGCGCCAUCUUGUUGGUGACUGAACAGUGGUAAAGUACAGCUGCUACAGUUUAAUUAUAUAUAUAUAUAUAUAUAUA